CGGGCGCGGGCGCGCGCGAGUUGCGCCACCGAAAGGGCCGUUGGCCGGCCCGGCCUGCAGUUUAGGCGGGAAAAAAGGGGCGCCGGCGGUUGAGCUCCUGAGGGAAGGCGACGCCGCGAAGGAAGGGCGAGUCAGCCGAAGGGGAGGAGGGCCCGGCCCGCCUCGCCUGCCCUUCCCUGAUGGCCAAAUGUGAACCUUGUGAAAGAAAUUACGACAAUAUGGUCAAAAAGCUUGAGGACCUGAAUAAGGACUUAGAAAAACUCCUAGAAGACAUGGAAAAACUAUCAGUGCAGGCUACCUGGAUGGCUUAUGAUAUGGUAGUGAUGCGUGCUAACCCAGACUUGGCCAACUCAAUGAGACGGCUGGAAGAUGCCUUUCUCACAUGUAAGGAAGAGAUGGAAAAAAAUUGGCAAGAUAUGUUGAAAGAAACCAAAGGUGCUGAACAAAAAGAAUAAGUAAUAUUUAAACGCAAGCCUAAGAAGACUUGAUCUGAACUCACAUCACUUCUUUCAGUAUUUCUAAAUGUCUUGGAAAAUACAUUUUAAAGAGAUGUGUUGGAUGUGUCUCCUUAUCAAAUUUUCUGUUAGAAUGGGGGGAAAUACCAGUGUCUUCAUUUGCUCCUUCAUAUGUAGUGAUAACGUUUAUUUUCACUGAAGAUAGUAUCAAACAUUAAAAAUAUUAUCUAACUGUGUAUUAGUUUGUCUAUAAUCCUGUC